CUAAAAUGCUCAGACCUUUAAAGCGUCUGUCACUUUUGCAGAGAGCAGCUCAGCAGAAUAAUUCAGAAUUCAGAUAAUAAGGCAUUGAGAUAAAAAUAAAAAAAAACUAAAAAAAAAUAUAUACAUAUAUGUUGUUUUUUUUAUUAUUAUUUUUAUUUUUUAGAAAAUCUAUUUUAAGUAAUCAAAAGCAAUGGGAGCUUGUCAGAGCUUUAGGGAAAUGUGUGAUCGUGAAAAGAACACCAAUGUUCAUCUGAGUCUUCCAGCCGUUUGCAUUGUGUGGCAGACUGCCAUGAUCAUCUUGUUUGGGGUUUUUAUACGUUAUAAUCACGAGUCAGAUGCACACUGGGUAGAGCACAGAAAACAUGAAAAUUUAACAGACAUUGAGAAUGACUUCUACUUCAGAUAUCCAAGUUUCCAAGAUGUCCAUGUGAUGAUAUUUGUUGGAUUUGGUUUCCUCAUGACAUUUCUUAAGCGAUACAGCUUCGGAGGAGUAGGUUUCAACUUCCUCAUCGCUGCCUUUGGUCUACAGUGGGCACUGCUGAUGCAAGGCUGGUUCCACUCGCUGGACGCCGAUGGGAAGAUCAGAAUUGGAAUUGAAAACCUGAUCAAUGCUGAUUUCUGCGUGGCUGGCUGCUUAAUUGCCUAUGGAGCAUUGCUGGGAAAAGUCAGUCCAGUCCAGCUAAUGGUUCUGACUUUGUUUGGGAUUACACUGUUUGCUGUCGAGGAAUUUAUCAUCCUAAGUGUUAUACAC